AGGAUCUUUCAUUUGCUACAAAGGUAUCUCCUCACAGGAUCGACAGGAUCGACAGGAUCUGACAGGAAGGAUGCGAGCUGUGCACGGAAUAUGCCUGAUGCUCACCGUUACCACUUUCAACAUGAUGGCAGGAGCCUUCAGCCCCAGCAGCAUGUCCAUGUCCAACCUUCUCCAGCAGCGACGCCUGUCGAUGGCUAGCACGGCUACUGCUGGGUCGAGACGUAGGAGCCUGGGCUCGCUCAAGAUGCAGAUCGACUCUCUGUCGAGGAGGAGGUGUAUGCAGGUAGUGGCUGCGGCUGCUCCGCUGCUGCUGUGGGAAGGAAGAGCGGACGCGAUCAACCUGGAUACGAUGUCAGUCUUUGGAUACGGAAGGGAAUCUGGAACAGGGCGGGGAGGAGGAGGAGGGUUGCUGUCAAAUCCCUUUGGCCAGACGAACAAAAUAAAGGAGCAGAGGCCGAAGCCGAUCAGGAUCCCAAGAACUUUCCUCUUCCUUCAGUUUGCAGUGCUCCUUAUGCGAUCCUGCUACAACACUGUCGAUGAUCUCGAUUUCUUCCCGAUGAAUCAGUUCCAGAAAGAUUUCUUCCUCCUCCGCCAGGACGAGUGGGAGAAGUACAUCAAGGAGAACGACGUGAAGCAGGGAGACCUGACCAACGCGCUCUACUUCGACUUCAUCAGCUCAGCCCAGUUCGCAUCCAUCACGCAGUCCAUCCAAGGCGCGAAGCAGAUCUUCGAGGAGACGAGCGGGGUGGAGAACGACAAGCAUGUGAUCCAACGAGACCCGAUGCUCAAGGACGAUAACCUCCUUGCCCCGCGCUUCUUCAUGCGCUCGGGUGAAAAGAUGUACGACGGGCUGCUCGCAAACUUCACGGAUGACAGCAACUACGUCAAACCUCCGCUUCCCUCCAGCCCCAACGCUCCUUUCUCUGAGGUCUUGAAGUCUUUCAACAGCAUCUACCAGAUCUUUCAAAACAAUGGGUAUGCGAUGAAGAUCGACGUGGAGGAUGCUGGUGCAGCCAGCACCCAAGAAUACAUCCAGGCGAAGGGGGUCUACGAGGACUGGGCGAAGAAGAUUCAAGACAAGGUACCAGCCACUGAUCAGAACUGGGAGGGUCACGGGCGUAAAAUUGUCGUACGCAUGCAGGCGCCAUGCACACUGUGGGGGCGGCAGUGGUUGAGUAUGCAAGACAACUACCUCAUCAACGACCAUGACGUCAUGCUCGCGACUGCGUUUCUGCGGAGGAGCGGGAGGGCCGUGACGGUGAAGACGACCAUGGACCAGAACUCCUACACCAGGGAGUUUCUGCUGCUGUAA